AUGGCCGAGCUUCCUGACCUAGUGGAUGGAGUCCUGCAGAAGCAGCAUGCACAGCUGCUAGAGCGUUUGGAUGCUUGGCUGGGCCGGGUGGAGGAAGCGAUGGACAAGGGACGGAUGGGUGUCUUGCUUCCUCCUCUUGGUCCUCCCCCUGAGAUGCCCGAAGCGCCCGAGACCAUAAACGAGGAGAAGUUAUUAGAUGACGUCGCGGAGUCAGGCUCUCUCACUGAGGGGACUGAGGGGCAGAGAACUCCAAAACCCGACGGUCCGACUCACUCCGUGUCCGCAAGAUCAAUCCGCAAGACUAUUCAGGCCAACCAUGACUAUGAGCUGGCCCAAGAGGAGGCGAUUCGUUUUCAGUCUGUACACCAAGUGUCGAAGGAAAUGGAGGCUCCAAGAGGAUCUUGGUGCCGGUGCUGCCAAGACUGGGCUUUGAUGAUAUCUACCUCGGUUGCCUUCAAUGUCAUUGUGGCCGCCGUGAUUGUCUCGAACUCCGUGUUUCUGGGAAUCGAGCUGGAGUGGGUAGCGGUUGGUGGCUACGAUGCCGCCACAGCUUUCGGCUUGAACAUCGGACAUCUUUGCUACGCUGUCAUCUUUACCGUAGAGAUGUCCAUCCGGCUCAUAGCCGUUGGGCCAUACAACUUCUUCUUCGGUCCCGAUUGCGCAUGGAGUUGGCUGGACCCGUGGGUGAUGCAAAGCAUGAUAAUGUUUCCCACAGACGUCUUCAUCGUCGUCCCCGCUUGGGUGGAGCUGGCAGUAGAUCUCGGUGGCUCUGCCCAGAACUUCCGGAUCAUCCGCGUGUUCCGCGUCACGCGGCUGUUGCAGCUAAUCCGGUCUGUCCGCCUUGUUCGAUUCAUAAGCGCUUUCCGUGACCUGGUGCUGUCUGUGCUCGACACGAUUCGUCAGGUAUUUUGGGCCAUGGUUCUUUUGGGGUUGAUGAUCUAUUCCUUCGGCAUUUUGUUUACAGACAUGUGCCUCCAGCACUUGGAGUCUUUCCCGCUGGAAAUUCAGAUGCCGAAAUAUUUCGGCAGCUUGUACAUCUCUUGCAACACGCUUUUUCGCGCCUUGCUGGAAGGGUUCGACUGGAUCGAGGCAGCAGACAGCCUCGCGCCAUUGGGUGCUCUGUGGGUCCAGCUCUUUCAUGUCUACAUCGCAGUGGGCGGACUGGCAAUUUUGAAUGUCAUCACAGGUGUCUUCGUAAACAGCGCCAUCAAGACACGCGAGAAGGAUCAGGAGACCCUGCUGCGGCACGUGCAGACGUUCAAGCAGCUUGUGGGAAACCUUUGGUCCCAGAUUGAUGUGAACGGCGUUGGGCAAAUAACCAUCUCAGACUUCGAAGAACUGUUCAAGCAAGAGGAGAUGAAGGCCUUUUUUGAGAAGAUUGAAGUAAAUGCUGUGGAUGCAUGGACCUUGUUCGAUAGCUUGGAUGCGGAUGGAGACCACCUCGUGAGUUACCAAGAUUUUUCUGAGCGAUGCUUGCAGCUCCAUGGCGCGGCACGCGCGGUGGACCUCUUUGCGCUCAAGCAGCAAACAUCGAAGCUUUGGGAUCAACUUCAGGCAGUGGAUGAAGCUCAGCAGAAUGCUAUUCAGUACUUGGCUUGGUUGAUGCGAGCCGUCGCCUCCAUGCUGCCUGAGACUGACGAGCUAGUUCGCUGCGAGUUAAAGUGGGCGGAGGAUCACAACGGCAUCUCUGGCUGA